AUGUCAUUAUUAAGUGCUUAUAAUCUGUAAAAAUAUUUAUCAAUAAUAAGCCUUGAAGAAUUUUCAAAACACAACGAAGUUGAGAUAUUAUCCUACAAGGUCAAUUUUUUAAAGAAUGUAACUAUUUUAGAGAUUGAUCCUGUUAAAAAUAAUUUUAGUUAAAACGCUGUUCUUGAAAAUAAAUUUCUAUCCAAACAUCUUUGCACUUGUAAUUCCUUCAUUUAGAUAACAAAAAAAUAAUCUAUUUAAACUGAAAUAGGUAUUAUUAAUUAUUAUGUAGCUACUAUGGGUGUUCCUUAUUCUCCAGAAUUAAAUGAAAUUGAUUUUAAAAAUUAAGAUCAGGUAUUUAAAAUAAUUACAAAAAAUUUCAAAGAUUCUUUUACAAUUUAAGAUGUACAACACAAAUCAUAUACAAUAUCAAUUAGUUAUUGUAACCAGUUAGAUUCAUUUUGUAUUUCAUAUGGAACACAAACAAUUAUUUGUUAUGAUGAAAAAGAUAUUGAUUUAUUUUAGGAACCUAUGCAUGAAAGGCCACGUCAAGCAGCCUUUUAAUUUUUUAACUUGUUUAAUAAAAUGUCAAAAAAAAUGAAGAAUAAUUUUAUUGAAGAUUUAAUUAAUAGAAGUUUAAUAGGUUGUUACAACUAUAAAAAGUAGAUUCAAUGGUUUGCUAUAGUUGAACAUUAUUCAGAGUAAAGAAUGGUUGAUCCAAAUACUGUUAGAAAUUUUUUAAAUCAUUAUAGUUUAGAAGGCACUUAAACAAAUUUAAUUUAGAGCUCUUAAAUUUAAUUACAAAAACAUUUUUCAUAGAUUUAUAAUUAAUUGAUUGAAUAAUAUCAUCCCUAUUAUUAAGGAAAAACAUUGUAUUUUUGGAAAGAAAAUACAUUUCUAGGAUGUUGUUUCCUUCCAUUUAGAUAAUAUUCUAUUCUUGAUAAAUUUAGAAAUAUUCUAUAAAAUAAAGAAAAAAAUUUUAAGAAACAAGAACCUUACUAAUAUCUUUCUGAAUUCAAUUUAAAUGAUUAAGAUUUAGAAUUUUAUAAAAAAUAUACUGAUAUGAUGUUAUAAAUACCAGCAGAAACUUUAAAAAUAAAAAAUUAAUUUGGAUAAUUAUCUACUCAAGCUUUCAAUAGUAUUAGGGAUGACUUAGAUUAUAUAUCAAAAAAAGAAGAUAAAUUAUUACCUCUGUCAUAGUGUAUCUAAUAAAUAAUAAUUGUUGUUAUUCCAAUAGGAAUUUCAGGUAUGGGAUAUGAAAAGUUGUGUUCUUUAAUUUAAAAAACAGGAUAAAGAGUAUAAAUAAUUAGGAUAGUAGAUUAAAUUAAUGAAAAAAAUUAGCUAUAUUUUUAUGAGAAAGUAUGUAAUCUAAAAGAAUUAGAAUAAAUAAAUAAAUAAUUUAAAUCAUUAGAAUUGAACAUAAAAACAAUUGCUCUUAUACCAGAAUGUAAUCUUGUAUAUAAUCCAAAACAUAAACAAUGUAGUUUUCCAUUUUCUUUUAAUUUUAUUAUGUUUUGUUUAAUGUCUGUUUUGGAUGAUAAAUAGAAGGUGAUAGAAGUUAUUAAUCAGUUGAAAGAAUUUAAUAAUCAAAAAUUAAAUAAUUUUCCAACAGAUUAUAAAAUCUAUUGCCGUUUUAUGCCAGAAUCUAAAGAAUAAAAUGAUCUAUAUAGUGAAUUAGUAGAAUAAGAUUUUAUGGCUGCUCUAAAAUCAUAAAAUGAUUAAUUAAUUGAAAGUUUAUCAUAAUAUAAAUAAAGUCAAAAAAACUUCGAAGAAAACAAUUUAAAAAAGGAAUCUAAGAGAGUGAUAGCUGAUAUUGAGGAAAAGUCAUAAAUAGUAUUAAGAAAAAGUGUUAAAUUUCAAAUAGAGAAAGAUUAACAUCUAAAGUUUGGUUUAUUUAUUGAAAAACCUGAUUGGGACACGAUUAAUAAUUUUGUUAAAUCUUGUUUAGAGAUUAUUGUUUAAGAAUAUCCUGAUGAUAGAGGAAUAAAUAGAAUGUAUCAUGAGUAUGAAAAAUAAUUUAGAAAUUAAAAUGCUGUAUUUAUGAAAAUAGAUCAGCCAUAUAUGUAGACUCGAUAAUUAUAUGAUAAGGUUAUGGAUGCUUAAGUUUAAAUAGGUGUUAUAAUUGUAGAUGGAAUAGUUAUGUUGCAACCAUAAAAAUAAGGUUUAGAUUUAUUAUAAGAUAUUCCUAUAUAUACUCAUAAUAUUGAUAGUCUAAAAAGUAAUAAGGUAUUUGAGUAAGUCAAAAUAGAAAUUAGAAAAAUGUAGAAAUAAAAUGUUGAGGAGAAAACCAUAAAAAAGAAAUAAAUAAAUUUUAAUAGUAAAAGUUGGGAUGCUUAUAUUGUCAAAUUUAGACCAUUUAAUAUAAAAUUAGUAGAGAAGCAAAUAAAUUGA